CUUUUUUCCUUCAGUUUUCAAAUUCUUCUUCUUCUUCUUCUUUUUCUUCUUCUUCUCUCUCAAUGAAAUCAAAAACCCGCAGCCUCGAUAUCAGAGACUGAUUCAACUCGUCGUCAACUCGCUCUUCUAGGGCUUCGCAUUCACUCCGUUCUCGAAUCCGAAAAUGGCUCAAGUUGAGGAUCGAUGGGAGCGGUUAGUCCGCGCAGUAUUGAGGAGGGAAAGGAUGGGGCCUGAUGCAUACGAGCGGCAUGGGACUGGCAUUGCCGGAAAUGUUCCAUCUUCACUUGAAAAUAAUAGGGAUAUUGAUGAAAUUCUCAGAGUUGCAGAUGAAAUCCAAGAUGAAGAUCCCAAUAUCUCUAGAAUCCUAUGUGAGCAUGGUUAUUCGUUGGCUCAAAAUCUAGACCCCAAUAGUGAAGGAAGGGGAGUAUUACAGUUCAAGACUGGAUUGAUGUCUGUCAUUAAGCAAAAGCUAGCGAAGAGGGAAGGGGCAACCAUAGAUAGAAGCCAAGACAUUGUUCGCUUACAAGAGUUCUAUAAACAGUAUAGACAGAAAAAUAAUGUUGAACAAUUGCGUGAGGAAGAAAUGAAGUUGAGGGAGUCUGGUGUUUUCAGUGGAAACCUGGGCGAACUGGAAAGGAAAACAGUGAAGAGGAAAAGAGUAUUCGCGACUCUAAGAGUUCUGGGCAAAGUUUUGGAGCAGCUGACAGAGGACAUUCCAGAAGAGCUCAAGCACCAAAUGGAGAUAGAUGCCGCAAUGACUGAAGACCUGAUUGCGUACAAUAUUAUUCCACUGGAUGCUCCUAGCAUUACAAAUGUUAUCAUGUCCUUGGCUGAGGUUCAAGCAGCAGUUUCUGGGUUAAAGUACUUCAGGGGCCUACCAAAGUUACCGACAGAUUUUCCAAUUCCUGCUACACGAGAGCCUGACAUGCUUGAUUUCCUGCAUUAUGUAUUUGGAUUUCAGAAAGACAAUGUUUGUAACCAGCGCGAACAUAUUGUGCAUCUCCUUGCAAAUGAGCAAUCACGGCUUCGUAUUCCUGAAGAAACUGAACCUAUAUUGGAUGAGGCUGCGGUGCAAAAUAUAUUUUUAAGGUCCCUAGACAACUAUAUUAAGUGGUGUAACUACUUGUGCAUUCAGCCAGUUUGGAGCAAUUUGCAGUCAGUUAGCAAGGAGAAAAAGCUACUGUUUGUUUCCAUGUACUGUUUGAUCUGGGGUGAAGCAGCCAAUGUUAGAUUUCUUCCAGAAUGCUUGUGCUACAUAUUUCAUCAUAUGGCAAGGGAAAUGGAUGAAAUUCUGAGGCAGCAGACUGCACAGCCAGCCAACAGUUGUAAUUCUGAAAAUGAUGGAGUUUCUUUCCUUGAUCAAGUUAUAUAUCCUCUGUUUGAGAUUGUGUCUGCGGAAGCUGGAAACAAUGAAAAUGGACGAGCACCACAUUCUGCUUGGCGCAAUUAUGAUGAUUUUAAUGAGUACUUCUGGUCACUCCAUUGUUUUGAACUUAGUUGGCCCUGGCGCAAAGGUUCAUCAUUUUUUCAAAAGCCAACGCCAAGGUCAAAGAAUAUUCUCAAAUCUGGCAGAAGUCAACAUCGUGGAAAAACUUCAUUUGUUGAGCAUAGGACAUUUCUCCAUCUGUAUCAUAGUUUCCACCGUCUGUGGAUAUUCCUUGUGAUGAUGUUUCAGGGACUUGCGAUCAUUGCAUUCAAUGGAAGUUUUGAUGCAAAAUGUAUUAGAGAAAUUCUCAGUCUCGGUCCGACAUUUGUUGGAAUGAAAUUUCUCGAGAGUGUUCUUGAUGUUCUUAUGAUGUAUGGCGCCUAUUCUACAACACGGCGCCUAGCAGUUUCUCGAAUUUUUCUCCGAUUUGUUUGGUUUGGCACUGCAUCAGUGGUCAUAUCUUUUCUUUAUGUGAAAGCUCUCCAGGAAGAGAGUAAACAAAAUGGAAACCCUAUUAUCUACAAGUUGUAUCUGCUCAUUGUAGGCAUAUAUGCUGGUAUCCAGUUCUUCAUUAGUUUUUUCAUGCGCAUACCAGCCUGCCACAAUCUGACUAAUCAAUGUGAUCGCUGGCCUCUGAUUCGCCUUGUCAAGUGGAUGCGCCAGGAACGGUACUAUGUUGGACGGGGCAUGUAUGAGAGGACUACUGAUUUCAUCAAGUACAUGUUUUUCUGGCUUGUGAUUUUGAGUGGAAAGUUUUCAUUUGCAUACUUUCUCCAGAUCAAGCCGUUGGUGGAACCAACCAGAGUUAUAGUGAACACAAAUGCUAUAACGUAUACUUGGCAUGAUUUUGUUUCUAAAAACAACUAUAAUGCUCUGACAGUUGCUGCUUUGUGGGCUCCCGUGAUAAUUAUUUAUCUUUUAGAUCUCUAUGUAUUUUACACCGUUAUAUCUGCUGUGUGGGGAUUCUUGCUUGGUGCCAGAGAUCGUCUUGGAGAGAUUAGAUCAUUGGAAGCACUUCAUAAACUAUUUGAGCAGUUUCCGGGAGCUUUUAUGGACACUCUUCAUAUCCGCCUGCCUAACAGGGCUUACCAUCAGUCUUCCAGUGAGGAUAUUGAGAAGAACAAGGUUGAUGCUAGUCGAUUUUCUCCCUUUUGGAAUGAAAUCAUAAAAAAUCUGAGGGAAGAAGAUUAUAUCACUGACCUAGAAAUGGAGCUGCUUGUAAUGCCUAAAAAUUCUGGAAGUCUUCCCUUAGUUCAGUGGCCCCUUUUCCUUCUUGCUAGCAAGAUAUUUGUUGCCAAAGAUAUUGCUCUUGAAACCAGGGAUUCACAAGAUGAGCUUUGGGAAAGAAUUUCUAGAGAUGACUAUAUGAAGUAUGCUGUCCAGGAGUGCUUCCAUAGCAUUAAGCUUAUCCUAAGUGAAAUAUUGGAGGGUGAAGGAAAGCUGUGGGUUGAAAGGAUAUAUGAUGAUAUUCAAGUAAGCAUAGUGAAGAAGAGUAUUCAGGCUGACUUUCAACUGAACAAGCUGCCACUCGUGAUUUCAAGAGUUACUGCAUUAAUGGGAAUUCUGAAAAAAGAGGAAACAUCUGAACUGGUGGAUGGUGCUAUUAAGGCUGUUCAAGAUCUCUACGACAUUGUGCGCCAUGAUGUCCUUUCUAUUAACAUGAGGGAAAACUAUGAAACAUGGAAUUUGUUGUCAAAAGCACGGACGGAUGGUCGGUUGUUUGCCAAGUUGAAGUGGCCCAAGGAUCCUUCAUUGAGAGCACAAGUCAAAAGAUUGUAUUCAUUGUUGACAAUUCAAGAUUCAGCUGCCAAUGUCCCCCAAAAUCUGGAGGCCGGACGUAGGCUGGAGUUCUUUACAAAUUCUCUUUUCAUGGAGAUGCCCGAAGCAAGGCCAGUCCGUGAAAUGUUGUCGUUCAGUGUUUUUACUCCAUAUUAUGCUGAGACUGUGCUCUAUAGUAUCGCUGAACUCCAGAAGAAAAAUGAAGAUGGGAUAUCAGUAUUGUUUUACCUUCAAAAGAUUUACCCAGAUGAGUGGAAGAACUUUCUUUUACGGAUUGGCCGUGACGAAAAUGCACAUGACUCGGAACUUUAUGAUAAUCCCUCUGAUAUUCUUGAGCUUCGGUUUUGGGCGUCUUACCGAGGCCAAACAUUGGCCAGAACUGUUCGUGGGAUGAUGUAUUAUAGGAAGGCUCUUAUGCUUCAGACCUAUUUGGAGAGAUUGAAUUCUGGAGUAUCAGAUGUGGAGGCUGCAAUUUCUAGUGGUGAUGCGGCUGAAACUCGAGCAUUUGAGUUAUCUCCUGAAGCACGAGCUCAGGCAGACCUGAAGUUUACAUAUGUAGUUACUUGUCAAAUAUAUGGAAAACAGAAAGAAGGCCAAAAACCUGAGGCUGCUGAUAUAGCAUUGCUUAUGCAAAGAAAUGAGGCUCUUCGAGUUGCUUUUAUCGAUGAGGUUGAGACUUUGAAGGAUGGUAAAGUGAACAAAGAGUUCUAUUCAAAACUUGUAAAGGCAGAUAUCAAUGGGAAGGACAAGGAAAUCUACUCUAUAAAACUGCCUGGAAAUCCAAAAAUAGGUGAAGGGAAACCGGAGAACCAAAAUCAUGCAAUUGUAUUUACUCGUGGAAAUGCAAUUCAGACAAUUGACAUGAAUCAGGAUAACUAUUUUGAGGAAGCUUUGAAGAUGAGAAAUUUACUCGAAGAAUUCCACCGUGAUCAUGGUAUCCGUCGUCCUACAAUUCUUGGUGUCAGGGAACAUGUCUUUACGGGAAGUGUUUCUUCUUUAGCGUCAUUCAUGUCCAAUCAGGAAACAAGCUUUGUAACUCUAGCUCAGCGGGUUCUUGCCAAUCCUUUGAAGGUCCGUAUGCAUUAUGGUCAUCCUGAUGUGUUUGAUAGAGUUUUCCACAUAACACGGGGUGGUAUUAGCAAGGCUUCUCGAGUGAUUAACAUCAGUGAAGACAUCUUUGCAGGCUUCAACUCAACUUUACGCCAAGGAAAUGUGACUCACCAUGAGUAUAUUCAGGUUGGCAAAGGGCGGGACGUUGGGCUCAACCAAAUUGCAGUAUUUGAGGGGAAGGUUGCUGGUGGUAAUGGUGAACAGGUUCUGAGUCGUGAUGUAUACAGGCUUGGGCAGCAGUUUGAUUUCUUCCGCAUGCUGUCAUUUUACUUUACCACUGUCGGCUACUACUUCUGUACAAUGUUAACAGUGCUGACGGUUUACAUUUUUCUCUACGGGAAAACAUAUAUGGCGCUAUCUGGGGUUGGUGAAUACUUGCAGAACGUAGCUGAGGUAACCAAGAAUACCGCACUGACUGCUGCUCUAAAUACACAAUUCCUCCUUCAAAUUGGUAUCUUUACUGCUGUCCCGAUGAUUUUAGGCUCCAUCUUGGAACAGGGUUUCCUGCGGGCCAUAGUAACUUUCCUCACAAUGCAGUUGCAACUUUGUUCUGUCUUCUUCACAUUCUCCUUGGGAACCAAAACACAUUAUUUUGGCCGGACAAUUCUCCAUGGUGGUGCAAAGUAUCAAGCAACCGGCAGGGGAUUUGUAGUCCGGCAUGUUAAGUUUACAGAGAAUUACAGGCUUUACUCCCGCAGUCAUUUUACCAAAGGGUUGGAAGUAGUUCUUUUGUUGGUAGUGUACCUUGCUUAUGGAUAUGAUGAUGGCGGUGCUAUAUCAUACAUUCUUCUUUCAAUAACCAGUUGGUUCAUGGCUCUUUCUUGGCUUUUUGCUCCCUAUUUGUUCAACCCAUCUGGGUUUGAGUGGCAGAAGGUUGUGGAGGAUUUCCGAGAUUGGACAAAUUGGCUUCUUUAUAGAGGUGGAAUUGGAGUUAAGGGUGAAGAAAGCUGGGAAGCUUGGUGGGAGGAAGAACUGGCGCAUAUUAGAACCUUGGGAGGAAGGAUUGCAGAGACAAUUUUGAGUCUAAGAUUCUUUAUCUUCCAGUAUGGAAUUAUCUACCGGCUAGAUGUGAAGGGAUCAGAUACAUCACUAACGGUGUAUGGCCUCUCAUGGAUCGUGCUGGCGGUGCUUAUAAUUCUUUUCAAGGUUUUCACCUUCAGCCAGAAGAUAUCUGUCAACUUCCAGCUUCUGUUGCGCUUCAUUCAAGGGGUCGCCUUCAUGUUGGCACUGGCUGGUUUAGCAGUAGCAGUCAAAUUUACAGAUCUGACAAUCGCAGACGUUUUUGCUUCCAUUUUAGCGUUUGUACCCACUGGGUGGGGAAUUCUUUCCAUUUGCAUAGCUUGGAAACCCUUGAUGAAGAAACUGGGCUUGUGGAAAUCCAUCCGUUCCAUUGCCCUUCUUUAUGAUGCUGGGAUGGGUAUGGUUAUAUUCAUUCCCAUUGCGUUGUCAUCAUGGUUCCCAUUUGUAUCAACGUUUCAAGCUCGGCUCAUGUUCAACCAGGCUUUCAGUCGAGGGUUGGAAAUCUCUGUGCUACUUGCUGGAAACAACCCCAAUUCUGGAUUAUAGUGUGUGUGUGUGUGUGUGUUUUUCUAGGUUGAGUUAGGGCUAGUGUGUAUUUAUUUUUCAAUCUGCUCACCGACUAAUGAUGUAGUUGGGAUUUUGAUCUCUGAAACCUUGUAAAUAGUCAUGUAUAUCAUCGGUUAUUUUUAACCCCAUCAGUUUAGUUGAUUUAUUACUGCA